AUGUCGUUUGGACUAGAUACCUUCGUGCGUGUCAGGCCGAAUGCCGAGAAGCAUCGUGAUGCAUUGGUCAACCGCCACCUGUGGGGGAGCGCCCGCACAGUUAGUGUGGCCGAGGACGCUGGGGCUCAGCAGACUGGGAAGGCCACCGCGAGCUCAUACGGACCCUUUGCCGCGGUGCUUCCCCCCGACAUCGCGCAGCCUGCAGCGUAUGAGAUCCUGGUGUCUGGUCUGGCCGACUCUUUCCUGCGUUCUGGGACGAACUGCACGAUCUUCGCGUAUGGACAAACUGGCAGCGGGAAGACAUAUACCUUGUUUGGUCCGCCAGACUGCUUCUCAAAGUCAGAUGAGGCCCAAGCGUCUGCCGAUGCUGACGGCGCGUCCCUGGGGCUCUGCCCGCGCGCGCUCCGAGACAUCAGGCAAGCUGUGCGGGGCGACCCUGCGGCAACCACGAGCCUGUUCGUCUCGGCGGUCGAGAUAUACCUGGAGGAGUGCUACGACCUCCUGAACAACAAGGUCAAGGUGCCAAUCGCAGGAGCCAGCUCGGUCAGCAAGAAGGCCGGCGGAAGCUUCAACGGCCAGAGGCUUGGCGGCGGUGCCCGCAGUGCGGACGGCAAGUGGGUCCCUCCUGUUGUCAACGGCAAGAGGAAUCCGGCUCUCCACGAAGUGGAGGUGAAAGGCAGCAAGCAGAUUGCAGCGGAAUUCCCCCUUUCCAAAUCUUCUGGAUCGGGCUCCCGAGGAGGGGUUCGGGGAGGGGCAGCCAUUUGA